UGGGGGGGUCCCAGGAUGGGCGAGAGGGAGCUUGAAAUGCAGCAUAAGAAACACAAGUUAAUGCACAGAGCAGCAGAGGCUGUUGUUGUUCUCAACGUGGUCCGCUCCCCGAGUACAAGAGCUGCAGCUCAGAGCCAGGCGCUCCAUUACCACAGAGCAGCUUUAACGCAGAGCAUCAGCGUCAAUCCAAGCGAGGUCCAAACACUGACCAUCAUGUCCCUAGAGCUGGAGGAGAACAUUCCCACCACUGAGGAGGAAGAUGAAGAAGAGGAGGAGGAGGAGGAAGGAGAAGAAGAAGAAGAUGCAACUCCAUCCAAGAGAGCUCCCAGCAAGAGGAACAAAGGGGCUGCAGUCACACCUGCCAAGAAAAAGAGCAAAAAGAAGAAGAACCAGCCUGGAAGGUACAGCCAGCUAGUGGUGGACACCAUCAGGAAGCUGGGCGAGAGAAAUGGAUCCUCUCUGGCCAAAAUCUACAGCGAGGCUAAGAAGGUGUCCUGGUUUGACCAGCAGAAUGGACGCACCUACCUCAAGUACUCCAUCAAGGCUCUGGUCCAGAAUGACACCUUACUCCAGGUCAAGGGAAUUGGGGCCAAUGGAUCCUUUAGGCUCAACAAGAAGAAGCUGGAGGGUCUCCCCGCUGAGAAGAAGGCUGCGCCCGCUAAACCGGCAGCCAAGAAGAAGGCAGCGCCUGUCAGCACUCCUAAAAGGAGCCACAAGAAGGCAAAGUCUAAGCCCAAACCCAAAAAGGAAAAGCCCAAAAAGGCAGUCAGCAGCCCUAAACCUGCACCUAAGAGCUCUAAGAAGAAGGCAGCUAGUGGUGGGAGCAAGAAGGUGAAGAAGACUGCAAAGCCUAGUGUCCCCAAGGUCCCUAAAUCUAAAAAGGCAUGAGGGCACCUGCAACAAGAAAGGCUUUUCUAAUGUGAGCACAUUCUGGGUUGGUUUUUUUUUUUGGGGGGGGGGGGUGUUUUUUUAGUUUUUGCUUGUUUUUAUUUUAUUUUUAAGCACUUCUAUGAUGGCGGCUUCAUUUCCUUACAAAGACUGUGACUGCUAUGCCUCUUCAGUGCUGAGGGGAACAGACUGAACCCAUGUAAUACAGAUGAUUUCUUGUUAUGUGAUCAAGGUUCUAUACCCUCUGCAGCCACACCUGCCACUUGAUACAAUGUAUCAGCCUUUGGAACUUUGAAACAACUCGCAGCUGCUGAUUGGCUGUUAACGCUGGCGAACAGCCAUCACCGUGGCAACGGCGUCUGUUGGGUGGGGUUAGCUGACAGCUUCAUUGAUAAACUGCUGGAGUCGGGGUUUCUAUUUAAUUGAAUUAAAUGUGUCCUGGGUCUUUGGAGGUAAUUUUGUAAAGAGAGUUCUAGGGACCAAUUUGUUUCUUUUGUAUAUGUUUUUUAUUUUUCUUAAAACAGUUUAUUUGCAUAGUAAUGUUAAUUUCAUGGUUCUGUUAAACAAGGAACAUUAAUGAAUAUUGGUUUUUGUUAUGCUUUAAUAAACUAAAUGUUACCUACUCCCACUUU